GGAGCGGCGCGCGGAGCCGCAGCCGCGCAGAGCCGCGGCGGCCGGGAGCGGCGCGGAGGAUGCGCUGAGCCGGGGCAGCGGCGGGGCGCGGCCGCGGCCGCCGCGGCGCAGGCGACCCCAGCGCCGUCACGGAGGACAGAUGGCACCACCGAGGCAUUCGCUACCAGCAGAAAGCUGAAGUCCAAACGCAGCCUUGCAGUGGUGAAGCCAACAGACCCCGGCGCUAAGCAGUCGCUCUAACACGAAGCAUAGUUCUGCCAGGCGCUGUGCGGAGGGGCAGUCCGACGUCCCUUAACUGCUAUGAGGGCGGCAGUGCUCAGCAGGCUGCAGGUGUGAAACAAGACGUACAGCAGCUGGCAGGAGCCCCGCUCCCGUGACUGUAGCCUGCACGUCUCAGGGGUCACCUUUUGCGUUACAGUACCAUUGGUUUGUUUUUUUCCAGGGUUCUUCAAGCUUUGUGGAAUUAGAGCAGAUCAAUAGUGACAUGACCCUGGUAGUACUGCUAGUAGGAAAUACUUGCUCAGAUACACAUUUUUCCCCAUAUACUUUUUGUAUUUAAAAGACAAAUAUUUGUUCAGAUAUUUGAAAAAAUAACUGUAAAAAUAUUUGGUAAGGUUAGCUUCAUCUACCACUAAUGAAUUCGUGAUUACAGCCUUUAUCUGUACCAUUAGAAAGCUAGCAUCAGCUACUGCUUUCAUGGGAAAUAUUGGGAAUGACUUUGGGAAAAUCACAUACCUCCUCCCUGUGCAACGGUGCAUCCCUACAUUAAAAAAAGAAAAGAAAAGAUGCAAUUACUUCUUUCCUUUGGAGAAGUAUUGUAAGAAGAAAGAGUGAAGACUGUGAGGCACCCAGAUAUUAUAUUGAUAGGAAGCAAGAGAAAAAGAAAGAUAAACUUUGGCACCUACUAUCGGUGGCAGGACAAAUACUGAUGCUUCUCUGUAUGCAGAGUCUCUGAAAUUAGUCCUAUGAAGUCGUGCUCCAGACAGUAAUCUCCACACCUAUUUAGCCUUAACUUUCCUUUACUGCUUGCGAGAGACAACACAGUAUCUCCAGUCAAAACCCAGUUCUUCUGGCAACUUUUACAGAACGAUUAAACGAGACUAACAUCAGAAAACUAACAUUAAUUUCUCUGGACUUCAGUCACGUUCUUUGAGAGCGGAUGCUGCAGUUUCAGCGAUGAACGCAAACGCUCACGCGUGGCCGUAACGCCUCAGACCGCCCGAGCAGAGCCAGCCAGCGGGCGAGACGGCGCGCGCCGAACAGGAGACGCCCGCGCGAGCCAGCCCCGCCGCGAGAACAGCCCCUCCGACACAGGGGCAAGCACACCGAACAGCCAAGUUCCAAAAUCCCUCCUUCAUAUUGUCUUCUCGGUUAGUCAGCUGAAGCUAAUUGGUCAGCGAGCGUCUUGCCAGUACGGCCAGACCACUGGCGCCGUGCAGAGGAAUACCAGAACCCCCCUUUUUUCCUUCCCUGGAAGAUUCUCCUGUGUCACAGACAUCUGUGACCAAAUGGGAGCCGCCUUCGGGAGCAUGGUGGUGCCUCUCCACAUUCGAGCCAAAAGGGGGAGGAAAGGACAGAAGUUUUGAGAGAGAUCUGGCCAGACGGGGAAGCUGAGACGGGACAGAGUUGCAAAACUGAGCCUGAUGGCAAAUGCACUGAGUCAAUAGGGUAUAUCCAUUCCUAUAGGGUAUCAGUGUAACAACAGCAACUUUUCCGGUGACAUUUAAUGAUCUCCAAUGUUUACAGCACAAAACUAUGCCUAGCAGCUAUUUGCCUUAUCUGUACUUCUUACAAAUCUGACAAGAGGUUCUUAGAAAUAAUUGAAUAACAGCAAACCAAAUAGUAAUAUUCUCCCCUUCUACUGGCACUGCAGAACAGAUUUUAAAGGGAGAGUUGAUAGCUAUUCAAGAUUCUCAUUAUAGCUCACUAUUGAAAAUCCUCUUCCAUUUAAAAGGCCAACUAGUUGCUCUAAAUCCAUGCAUUUCCUGGAGAGACGUGCGUCGCAUGCAAGCCUUCCGCUGCCUCGUAUGGUGACCGUCCUGCUCUCUUUAAGUGCUGACAAAGCCCAAACGAUAUUUUUCUUCCCUACACCUAGGAGCUCUCUCCGCCCGCCCAGGGACUUCUCCCCGCUGCUGCCAGGCGGCAGACAUAUUAUGCCAGACUUCCUGAUGAGAGGAUGAGACUAUGACUGAAGAGCGUCCUGGAGAUUGCAAGCAGUCCUUUUCCUGGGGCCAAACCGGAUUGAUCUGAGAACAAUAAUUAUGAGGCUGACAUGUAUGUUCUCCUUCAUCUUGCUGUUUGGAGCAGCUGGGCUUGUUGUCUUCAUUCAUCUGCAGGACCCAGAAGAAAUAGUUCAUCAGCAGACACCAGGAAUAAAAUAUAACAUGGGAUUCCAGCAACCCAAAAAAGACUGCAUUUCCAGCAAUAACCAGGAUGGAAGAUUAAGAAAAAACACUGCAGAUGGAGUAGCAACAGUAAAGCGGAGCGGUUCGUUACCCCUCUCUGCAAACGUGCCCACCAAGCUUCAAAGCGCAGACAGAAGGCAAAGCAGCAUAAUGUUUGCGAUGAAAGAACAGCAACAGAAAGGUGAGGAAAUUAAUUCUAUGAGGCUCCAUAAACGGAGGAGGAGAUUUGUAAUUAAAAAGAGCCCUAUUCUGAUUUCGAUGAACAGCUCCGCUCUCAGCCUGCCCACGCUUAAAUCUGAGGACAGAAAUAAUAACAAGUGGAAAAGUCUCUAUCAGAUCCAAAGAGAAAGAAAGAGGAUAAUGAGGGAAACUUGUUCUAAGUACAAGAGUAAUAAUAGAAGAAUAAUCACUCCUUAUCAUGUUUCUAGAAUAUUUGUAGAAGAUAAAUACAGAGUUUUAUACUGUGAAGUACCAAAAGCUGGCUGUUCUAACUGGAAACGGGUGCUCAUGGUUCUCAAUGGCCUGGCUUCUUCCACAAAGGAUAUCCAGCACAACACGGUGCACUAUGGAAACUAUUUAAAAAAGCUGGACGGGUUUGAUCGCAAAGGGAUUUAUCACAGGCUCAACACUUACACAAAGAUGCUUUUCAUUCGUGAACCUUUUGAAAAGUUGGUAUCUGCAUUUCGGGACAAGUUUGAACAUCCAAACAAUUACUAUCACCCCGUCUUCGGGAAAGCCAUCAUUUCCAGAUAUCGCGUCAAUGCCACCAAAGAAGCAUUAAGGACAGGCUCUGGAGUCAAAUUUAAAGAGUUCAUUCAAUAUCUCCUUGAUGUACAUAGGCCAGUGGGUAUGGACAUCCACUGGGAUCACGUCAACAGGCUUUGCAGCCCAUGUUUAGUAGACUAUGACUUUGUUGGGAAAUUUGAAAGCAUGGAAGAAGACGCAAACUUUUUCUUGCACUUAAUUGGUGCUCCACAGAAUCUGACCUUCCCCAAGUUUAAGGACAGGCAUUCCAAUGACGAAAGAACUACCACUAAGAUUACACAACAGUAUUUUGCACAGCUUUCUCCUUCUCAAAGGCAACGCAGUUAUGAUUUUUAUUAUAUGGAUUAUCUGAUGUUUAACUAUUCAAAACCUUUUGAAGAUUUAUACUGAUUUGAGAAUAGGGACACUUCUAUGGUCAUAUCAGCUGAAUUGCAUAAGAAAUCCAGGUGGCUUCUGUUUAUAUAUAUACACACUUGUCUCUUUAGUAAACAAUCGGUUGAAGAGCAACAAAAAAACAUAGAAACACAGAACAUAAAUGGUUAGUGAUGUUUACAUCUUCACCUUAAUUGCCUCCUUUUUCAAAUCAUAUUUUUUCUAUAAUUUCUGUGUAUGAAAUGUACAUAUAUGUAUAAUCUCACAUGUCAGGGCGCACAAAUAAAGCACAUAAUUUGCCAUGCUGAGGUGGCUUGCGUUUGCGUUGGAAGGACUCUUGGAACCUGGGGGAAUGUGGCUGACAGUCCUGAAGUGGAUCCAAUAUUUUAUUAAGUACUUUACUAUUUUGAAAGUGAAGUCUUAGAAAGUGACAGAAGCAAGGAAAAAAAACACUGAGGAAUAGAUUUACAGUUCUUUGAAAUCUGUAACAAAUGAAACCAUAACUAAGUAGGCACUACGUAUUUGAAGCUGGUCAUAGAUUGUUAUUUCCUGAUAUUCGUGAAUUAAAUUAGGAAAAAAGUCCAUCACACUUAUAUUGUUCUAGAGCACACUGGUGAAAACAACUAAUACUUAAUGACCAUGUGAGUGCAGUAUUAAACCAGAUGUUGUGCUUCAGAGUGACGAUGUGUUCUCCCCCUUCAAUAUUUCCCUUAUGGCAUAUUCAUCUGCAAGAAGAUAAAAUGCAGGCGAACAUUUACAUCUUUAUGCAUGUUAUUAAGAGUCUUUUAAUCCUUUGCAUUAACAUAAAUCUCUAGUUUAAUCUUUGUAGUCAACAGAAAUAUCAAAUGUUUCCUUUAUAAUAACAAGCAAGAGUAAAUGCAACUUCCUGCCCAACAAGAUAGUCCUUUUCACUGCUGCAAACAAUUUGCACUUAUUUCACUAGCAAUUAGAUUUGAUUUCAAAACAAGCAGAGAAUAUUUCAGGUGUUUUAUUUCAGUUCAGUUUUCUAUAUUUCAAGAAAAACAUGUUCUUUCAUCUCUAGCAGAAAUCUCUUGUGAGAAUCAAGUACUGACCAUUUUGCUGCAUUUGUAAAUAUUCAUGCUAAUUUUUUAUAGCAGUAUAGUAUCCUUGUCCGCAUGUAAUCAUUUAACCACUCAAAAUAAUGAUUUAAGAAGUUAAAAGGCCUUAUUGGAACAAGUCUCAACCUCUACAAUUAUGUCAACCUUAAAAGACCCAGUAAUUUCUUAGGUUUGUAUUAUGCAACCAAGAUCAGAGCUCUACCAACACAGGUGCUGUGCAGACACAUGGGAAGAAAUGCUCUGUGUUCCACACAGCUUUGUAAUUAGAUUUCCUCCCCUCCAACCACCAAAAAGCUCACUCAGUUCACUCACAGUCAAUUUUCCCCCAAAACACCCCAUGUCUAUUUCACUUUUAAAAAUUUUAAUAGAAAAAUGUUUGAAAAAUACCUUGUAUUGAAAGCUUUACUGACAAAGUAUCACAGGAAUUAUAAGACUUCUGACAUUAGAAUUUCAUUCCUACCAAGUUUUUUUUGUUCAGAAAAAAAUUAUACAUGCAGCUCUGUCCUUUUGAUGAUCAGACAGAGCUCUGCCACUGGAACCAGUUCCCAUUCCCCAUCUGCCCUGGCUCCCCAUCACCACCUUGCUGCUGCAGCUACCUGCCCGUCCUCCUUUCCAUCCACUCAGGUGUCUGUUGAUCUACUCACAUGACUAGGGAACAAGUCUUUUUAUUUAAAGUAACUGGAUCUUUACUAGCCUGGCUCAAAUCAGCCGAAACAGGCUAGGGGCUAUUCACCUGGGCUGCUCAGCCAGCAGAUAAGAGGGGCUGAUAACCUUCCUCACUAGGUCACAGCGAGGAGUAUCCGGGGCAUACCAGGGGCAUUAAUCUCCUCUCAGCGCAAACAAGAAAACAUUGAUUCUUGUAGUGGUAUGAUUUCUUUACAUAGGCAAAAACAACACAGGGAAUUUGAGUUAUGCUGUCCUUAGCAUUUAAUGCUCUAAAAAGUGAUGGCACUGUGAUGCAAUCGAUUUGCCUGGUAGCUAAGGAAAUCAGAUGCUUGCAAAUGCAAAGGAAGGAUAUAAUAAAUACGCGAGUCCUUAAGACAAGGGUUGAUUUCUGUAAAUUAAUGUAGUUUCUCUUUUAGGGUUUGAUCUUGGGAGUUGCCAAAGCAGGAUAAAGUCCCAGCGCAGGCAGCAUGUCAGCACUGCUCCUGCAGACCCGCGCUGAACUCCUUCGAGCCAGGGGGUCAACCUCCAUGGAGAGGAGAAUUGUAAUUCAUCUCAUUGCAGCACCAUUCCAGCAGAAGAAAACAGACUUAGAGGAUAUCUCCAUAAUGUGGCCCAGAUAAAGCUGGAUAUUGUUUGUAUUCAGACCUUUGCUAGUUUGAGAGCUCUAAUAGAAAGAUUAGAGAACUUAACCCUACAGCUAGAUCCACAGUGAAGACCUGGCUUUCUCCUUCCUUCUCUUCACUUAUUUCUUUUCAGUUUGGUCUACACACACAAUCAGUAUACACAGAAGUGCUAUUUUUACCAAAAUACUGAUAAAACCACAGGGUAAAGUUUACAUCUGAAAGACUUUGUUGGUGUAAUUACACAUUAGUGAAGUGUUUGCUGUAUGAAUAGAAAGAAAUUCCAGCAAAACUGUACUUCUAACUCUGCUGUAGUGUUUUUUCUAAACCUUCCCUUCUGACUUUAAUUAAAGCCUUAACUACUAAAGCCUUAACUAAUAAAAGCUUCUGCUGGUGAGAGGAAUAAGAUUUUUAAUGACAGAUGAAGAUGAAGACUUUGGUAUGGUUUUUUCUUGGAUGACAAACAUCAUUUAAAGACAAAAAAGAUUGUUAAAUCAUUCAUAUGUUUAUAGCAAGCUGUAUACAGCACAAUAACAUCUGUUUUACAAUAUUUCAAGGAAGACAGAAGUUUCCUUCCAAAUACUUGAAAAUACUUAAUACUGGCUGGUUGCAUUAAUUCACAUUUGUUAUUUGGAUCUCUUAUUCCCUACUGACUAGCAGAAACAGGGCAAGAAAGUGUUCUAAAAAGAAGGAAAGAUAUUGAUCUGUCAAGAUAACAAAUACCAGAAGAAACAGGAGAGAUGGAUCUUGGAUCAAAAAGAGGUAAAGCCACAGACAGGUAACUUAUAUUUUCAUAUAAAUCAAAAUGCUUAAUAAAAAAGCAACAGUUUUUACUAGAAGAUGUUAUGUUUUUAGACUGUUCAUUUCCCUUUGGAUUAUUUUGUCAUUUUUCCUCCAUAGAAGAACCCUGACAUUUUCAUUUUUGAUAGUGGAUUGAAGUUUUCAUAAUUGUUCAUUCUGCAAAAUUUUUUAGUAUUUUAGCCUUUUCUUCAUGUGGAAAGUUUAUAUUCAAGAUUUCAUGCCAAAAAACUCAUUUUCAAACAAACAGCAUAGUUCAGAGAUCAGCCAAGUAGAAUAUCUAGGAUUGCUAUACUUAGCUGAAGUCAUUUUGUCAAUCCAUUUUUCACUUUUUUGUUGCAUUUUAUAACAGAUGAACUUUGUUGCUACUAGACUCUUCCUUAAACCUUAAGCUGAGAACUCGACUUAAGAUAUUUUAAUAUUUUUACUUCCAAUCAUUUUCUGCCCUACCUCUCCAUUAACACAUCCUGUUUUCUAAGAACUAUCACCUACCCUAGGGUCAAUAAAUACAGGUAUCAUAGGUGCUGGCAGCAGGCAAGCUGCCCUCCUCGCACAGGUUAAAUAGAUCUGCCUUUCAGCUUCAUAAAUCCAUGCUUAAUUUGCUUCUAGUAAUGCAGAUACUUCAUUUAAUUCUAGCUGGGGUAUCUCUCCAUUACUCCUGAUAUGGAGAUGUCUUCUAUACUCCACCCAAAGAUUUCAAACAGCACAGAAGUUGUAAAAUGCUUACAGGGACAAUUUGGGACUUAAAGUGCCUCCUAAAAUUCCCAUUUACACCUCCAAAGGAGUAGGGACACAGCUCUCAAGUCAAGGUGUGAUGGCACAGAAACACUAAUAAAUCAGGAUCUUAGCCCUUACACCUGCCUUAAAGGGAACUAAAAUAUAUUACAAAAAAGAAAAUGGAUUAAGUCAGAUACAAAGAAUACUGUGAACUAAUUAGAUGUUCCCUGAAUCAAUGAAAGAACAUUUUUAAAUGUAAGACAUUCAUCUAAACUGAGCCCAGUUUGAUAGUCGGCUUUGCUGUCCUGGCCCUCCAAGCUGCCAUUUGGAGUUCUGUCACUCCCUGGGUGCUUCAGCAGAAGAACGACGUGGACAAGUCACCAUGUCCAGAAUGCAGCCAGGUGACACAUACUAGCAGCACAAUACACAGUUUAUCUGAAUUUGCAAGGUCUGAUACUAAAAACUGAUUUUUAAUUAAGGGAUAGUUUAAGAACUUAACAUUGGGAUGAUCUGUACAUAAAGCUCCUAAGGAACCAAAUAAAACAAAUUAUCUCCUUUGA